AUGGGGAAUGAUCGUUAUGUGAGUUCUGUCACGUAUCAUAUUCCUUCUACCAUAAAUCAGGAGAGGGAAAAAGGCUCGAUCGAAAUAUUCACAGACGGCUCGAGAGUGGAUAACCACGUUGGAGCUGCUUUUAUGGCAAUGCAGAAUGACGCUGAAAUUCAUACUGAACAAUAUAGAUUAAUGGACUCAUGCUCGGUUUUUCAAGCUGAGCUCUAUGCUAUCGAAAGAGCAAUUAUGUGGGUAACAAGAACCCAUGUGUCUGAUCAAAUCAUAAUAAAUACAGAUAGCAGAUCUGCUUUAGAUACUCUACAACAAUUUGCUGAUACUAAUGCAACAGCUUUAAAUAUUAAACAAAUAAUAAAUCAAAGUGGAAUUAACAUCAAAAUGAAAUGGAUAAAGGCCCAUAGUGGCAUAUUUGGGAACGAGAGAGCGGACCUCCUAGCUAAGGAGGCGGCACACAUGACUGACGUGACUCAAGGCAGGAUCCCCAUUUCGGGGAUAAAGAGACUACUCAGAGACGAAACCAUUGCAGAGUGGCAAGACAGAUGGUCAUACUCUCAGAAAGGAAGACACAUGUUUUGGUUAAUACCAAGCGUGGAAGAACGAGUCAAAGAACUCAAUUGGCUCCCUAUGGAUCACAUCAAUUGUCAACUAUAUACAGGCCACGGGAAUUGCUACUCAUACUUAAAGAAAAUCGGUAAAAGGCAAUCAGAAGUAUGCGAUUGUGGUAGCGGCAUUCAAGACAUAAGUCAUCUAUUACUUAACUGUUACAAGUAUGAUAAAGAAAGGACAGAAAUUCUAAGUCUUCAUCAUUUAAACACUGGAAAUAAUGACCUACAACUCUAUAACCUCAUCAGAGAUAAGUGCCUCAAACAUGACCUCAGGACCUUCGUGAGAAGGACACUUUUGUAA